AUGACUUCAAGUGUACCUUAUUUUAAUGAAGAUGAGAUGGGACAUAACCCUUUUGAAGAUACUGUUCCAAUAUGGGAACCUUCCAAUGUAGCCACUGAAAAUCAUGAAACCACUAACAAUAGUACUACUACUAGUAGUAUUGAUGUUAAAGAGAAUAAUAAUAAUAGGGAUGAUAUUAAUGAGAGUUUAGAAGAGCCUAUUUCUUCCAAUAUAAUCAAGACAGGAGAUAAUAAAGAAACAGAGGGUAACUCCGACCAAGAAAGUGAAGAUAUAAGAAGAAAUAAAUACCUACCCGAAUUUAAAUUCCAAUCCAAACAUUACUUCCAUGUUAAAGUAAUUGGCCUUGAACGUGUUGGUUCAAACUCAAAUAAACGUGAAAACCCAACCAUUAUAUUUAAAUAUGACACGGAUAUACCAUUAUUUCGUCGUAAAAAAUCUAAUAAGAUUAAAAAGACAAUCCAAGAAUUUAAGGAAUUUUACAAAUAUUUAAAUUCAUUUGUAUUUGAAUGUUUUGUACCAACUUUACCCUUACCAUACACACACUUUGGGAUAAGCAAUCAAGAAGAUUAUGAGACUGUAUUAUAUCAAUAUCAAAAAUGGUUUGACCGUGUGAUAAAGGAUCCACUCAUUAUUAGUAAUGAAGAAUUUGUUUAUUUUAUCGAGAGUGAUUUUAAUACAUAUUGUCCAAUAAAUCAUCAUAAUUCAAAUAGAAAUGAUCUUAAUCCUAAUCAGAAUUCCAGUUUUAUUAGAUAUAAUGGUAUUAAAAGAAAGACCAUGAAACAAUUCCAACCUCCAUAUGAUAAUAAUUUGAUCCUAGCAGAAUUCAGACCAUUAGUUAAGACCUUGUAUCAUCUAUGCCAGUCUAUUCAAGAUUACAUGUUAUUGAUAGACAAGAAUUUUGGUAUCUUGAUUCAACAAGAGAGUACAUUAGGGAAAGAAUUUAUUGAUUUAGAUAGUUUGAUUGGAAGUUUUAAUUUGCCAGAAAAUAUGACAAAAAACUUUUUGCCAUAUGAAAAAUAUGGUAAAAAUUUAAUCACGGUUAGUGAUAUAAAUAGUGUUUUAAGCACUAUGAAUUUAGCUACAUUGUAUGAUGGGUUAACAUGGGUUGUUAAUGAUAGUUAUGGUGUGAAGGAGUCAUUAACAGAUAGGCAUUUUGUUAUGAGAGAUUUAAUCAGCCUACAAAAACAGAGUAAAAUUAAACAAGAACGAGCUCGUAAGUAUCGUAAUAAAAGAGAUGUAAAUCCAAUUAAAUUGGAUGAAGCUAUAAGAGAUUUACAAAGUGUGGUAAAAUUAGAACAACGUACCACCUUAAAAUUACAUAGGAUAACGACUAAUAUGGAAAUAUCUCGUAAGGAAUGGCUAAAAUGGUAUGAGGAAUGGAUCAAACAUAAUAUUAAAAACUAUGUGUUGAAAAAUAUUGAAUAUGAACGUAAAAAAUUGAACGUUAUGGAAGGAGCACGUUUAAAGAUUCGUGGAACGAAUGUCAAAGGUGGAUUAUCACGUUUAGGUAGAGAUCAUUUAGUAUUGUCGAAUCAAAAUAUACAAUUAUCACAACAGAAGGACAUUGAUACAUGGACAACCACCACGCGUCAUAUUAAAAACAUGAAGGAGAUCCUUGAAUCAUCAAAAUUAGAGCAAGAAAAUAUAUCAAACAGUGAUAAUGAUAAUGAUAGCACCAACACCACGUAUAAUACACUUUGCGAUCCCAAAGCGGCUGUUCGACUUUUGGGCCGUGCCAAUUUUUCUUAG